CAGCCAACAAUCAACAUUUGGUUGGAGCCAGUUCGUGUGAGUGUAUCCAAGUAGUGUGAUGUGUUGGGGGGCCUCGUAUUGAGAGCCAACCCAGCCAUUCAUUCAGUACGAUACUCUUCGUCCAUAGUGACAGUUUGUUUUUCGCUUGCGCAGACAAGUCAUACGGUCCGGUCCCUCAACAAAAAAUCUUUUGCUUGAACAAACCCCCAUUGUUUUGUCUUGGUUGUAGGAGGAGAGGAGUGUUUUCGUUUUGUUGGCACAAACAACCCGAAAAAGGUGACGAAAUCAAAUUUAAAAACUUGACAAUAAUCGACAACAAGGGAAGGAAAUAGGAAUCCUAACAGGCGUCAAAAUGUCUCAACCACAGCAAGAACAACAAACCCCGCCACCACAACAAAAGGCGACACCAGCAAAAAGCAUUCCAAAUGGCUUGAAAUUUGUGUUUGGCGGUGGAGCCGGUAUGGGUGCCACCAUGAUUGUGCAACCUUUUGAUUUGGUCAAGACACGCAUGCAAAUCUCUGGUGCCGGCAGUGGCAAAAAAGAAUUCCGCAACUCUUUCCACUGCAUGCAAACUGUGAUAAGCAAGGAGGGUCCUUUGGGUUUGUAUCAGGGCAUUGGUGCCGCUUUGUUACGUCAGGCCACAUACACCACCGGUCGUCUGGGUAUGUUCUCGUAUUUAAAUGAUGCCUAUAAGGCCUAUUUCAACAAGGAUCCCAAUGUGUCGGCCAGUAUGUUGAUGGGUAUUAUUGCUGGAGCUUGUGGUGCCUUCAUUGGAACUCCUGCCGAAGUUGCGUUGGUGCGCAUGGCCUCAGAUGGUCGCCUGCCUUUGGCCGAAAGACGUAACUACAAGAAUGUUUUCAAUGCCUUGACUCGCAUCACCACCGAAGAAGGUUUGGCCACAUUGUGGCGCGGCAGUCUUCCCACAGUUGGCCGUGCCAUGGUUGUCAACAUGACUCAACUUGCCUCCUACUCCCAGUUCAAGACAUACUUCAAAAAUGGUCCCUUGCAAAUGGAAGAAGGUAUUAAAUUGCAUUUCUGUGCCAGUAUGUUGUCCGGUUUGCUGACAACAAUUGCCUCCAUGCCACUGGACAUGGCCAAGACACGUAUCCAGAAUCAGAAAUAUGUCGAUGGUAAGCCCGAAUAUCGCGGUACCAUCGAUGUUUUGGGUCGGGUGUUGCGCCAAGAAGGUGUUCUCGCCCUCUGGAAGGGCUUCACACCCUACUACUGCCGUUUAGGUCCACACACAGUGCUGACAUUCAUCUUCCUCGAGCAAUUGAAUCAAGCCUAUUUCAAUUUUGCCGCCAAAAAGGAUCUGUGAUUGUAAAGUAACUACUGGCUGCCAUCACACAAAUGAGACGGCUGUGGGCAAACCCAAAAAGCAAAAAUCAUCACAACACACACACAAAUAAUCUGUUUUAUAGAAAAAAGAGAUUUGUAUCUAUUGUAUGUAAUUUAAUUGUAAAUGUGUAACGAGUUCCCUGGUAAGAAAUCGAAGAAAAAAAUUGACCUCGUUCCUCGUUCUGUUAAUUGUUAAAGAUUGAAUGAAAAAUGAUAAUAAUAAUGUUAAAUGAGAUUCCAGAUAAAUAAAGCCAAUUGAAUGAAUAUGGGAUAUACCACCUAUUAGAUAAAAUAUGAAAAAAGUUUG